UACCAUUUAAAAUCAGACUCUUUUUGUCUUUUGAUUGCUGUCUCCAACCCCAACUCCGAUGUGUUCCGUUAUCAGCGACCAGCAGCCUGCCGUUCCAGCCCCCGUCUGGGUGGGGAUCCGUGGCCAGGCUCCCGCAGCAGCGGCGGGCAAGGUUAUAUAGGAAGAGAAAGAGGCAGGCAGCGAGCGAGCGAGCGAGGGAGCCAGCAGCAAGCCGGAGCGCACAGGCACCCGCUCGCUCGCGCACACAGACCCGCACGGGGACGGCAGGAAGGCGCCGGGCUCCGGGGACGAGAUGCUGCUGGCGAGAGGCAUGCUGGCGGUGCUCUUCUCCGCACUGCUGCUGUGCCCGGGGCUGGCGUGCGGACCCGGCAGGGGCUUUGGGAAGAGGCGGCACCCCAAAAAGCUGACCCCUUUAGCCUACAAGCAGUUUAUCCCCAACGUGGCCGAGAAGACCCUAGGGGCCAGCGGAAGAUACGAAGGGAAGAUCUCGAGAAACUCAGAGCGGUUUAAGGAACUCACCCCCAAUUACAACCCCGACAUCAUAUUUAAAGAUGAAGAAAACACAGGAGCCGACCGUCUGAUGACUCAGCGCUGUAAGGACAAGCUGAACGCCUUGGCCAUCUCGGUGAUGAACCAGUGGCCCGGAGUGAAGCUUCGGGUGACCGAGGGCUGGGACGAAGACGGCCACCACUCGGAGGAGUCGCUGCACUACGAGGGCCGUGCGGUGGACAUCACCACGUCAGACCGCGACCGCAGCAAGUACGGCAUGCUGGCGCGCCUGGCCGUGGAGGCCGGCUUCGACUGGGUUUACUACGAGUCCAAGGCGCACAUCCACUGCUCCGUGAAAGCAGAGAACUCGGUGGCGGCCAAAUCCGGCGGCUGCUUCCCGGGCUCGGCCACGGUGCACCUGGAGCACGGCGGCACCAAGCUGGUGAAGGACCUGCGCCCCGGGGACCGCGUGCUGGCGGCCGACGACCAGGGCCGGCUGCUCUACAGCGACUUCCUCGCCUUCCUGGACCGCGACGACGGCGCCCGGAAGGUCUUCUACGUGAUCGAGACGCGCGAGCCGCGCGAGCGCCUGCUGCUCACCGCCGCGCACCUGCUCUUCGUGGCGCCGCCGCACAACGGCUCGGCGGCCGCGGGGCGCGAGGCGCGGGCGGGGGGCGCGCCGGGGCGCCGGGCGCUCUUCGCCAGCCGCGUGCGCCCGGGCCAGCGCGUGUACGUGGUGGCCGAGCGCGGCGGGGGCCGCCGGCUGCUCCCGGCCGCCGUGCACAGCGUGACGCUCCGCGAGGAGGCCACGGGCGCGUACGCGCCGCUCACGGCGCAGGGCACCAUCCUCAUCAACAGGGUGCUGGCGUCGUGCUACGCGGUCAUCGAGGAGCACGGCUGGGCGCACCGCGCCUUCGCGCCCUUCCGCCUGGCGCACGCGCUCCUGGCCGCGCUGGCGCCCGCGCGCACGGACCGCGGCGGCGGCGGCGGCGGCGGCGGCGGCGGCGGCCCCCUGUCCCCGCCCGCGCCGGGGGCGCCCGACGCCCCGGGGGCGGCCGACGCGCCGGGUGCCGCGGGCAUCCACUGGUACUCGCAGCUGCUCUACCAAAUCGGCACCUGGCUGUUGGACAGCGAGGCCCUGCACCCGCUGGGCGUUGCGGUCAAGUCCAGCUGAAGGCCGGGCGCCGGGGAGCGCGCAGGGGUGGGGGCCGGGGGUGGGAGGGAGCCACAGCGAGGGACAGCAAAAGACACACGGAAAAGCGCACGGAAUGAGACUUUAAUUAUAAUAAUAAUUAAUAAUAAUAAUAAUAAUAAUAAAGUAGGACAGUCCAAAGUAGACUAUAAGGAAACAGACACCCCGGGGACGUUCUGUCGUUGUGUUUAGUUUAUAUAUAUUUUUUUGAAUUUUUUGGUUGUUUUAUUUCGGUUAUUUUUUUUUCACCUCUCCUGGCUAUUUAUUUGUUUGGUAUGAAUAGAUGUUUUAAAUAAUAUGAACCGGACCUUCAAGAGCCUUAAAUAGUUUGUUUCUUGGAUAAUUUAUUAUUGUCAUGUGAAUUGUACUCACGGGGGUGAAAGAUUAUUUUGUGAGGCCAAGCGACCUGCUCAGAGUCUAUUUUUCUACAUGCCCCUCGCCCUGACUUUCAGAAAGCAAACCUCUGCACUCGCAUUUCCUCCCCUGCUCCGCCUGCUUUUCGGCAAGUGUAAACUAAAACAUGCUUCGUGGGGGUCCACAAAUUAUAUUUUUAUACACAGAAUUGUAAAUUAGAUUUUUUGAGAGAUCAAGACUUAACUGAAUUACAUUUCAUUUUUGAAAUAGUGUAAAAUAUGAAAAUAUAUUAUUUUAAUUUAACUCGUUUCCGGCGAAGCAGCCACGUUGCGGGCUGUCUUCAUGGCUUAAUAUUUGGUUCUCAUCACCAUUUUGGCCACAUUCUUGGAAGUUGAGACUGUUACACACACACACACACACACCUUUUUUUUUUUUUUGGACAAACUGGAAGAACUCUGUUAUUUUUAACUUCAAAGAAUUUAUUAGAAAAUGAUAUUUUUUAAAAGCGCACAUAGUGAUGAGCCCACAAGUAUGGAGCCUGUAGUUUGUACAGAGAAAAACAAAGGAUGUUUUUGCAUUAAUAACUUGAGAAUUAACUGCUGUAAAUUUACUAAAAUGUAUUUUUGAAUAUUUUGUAAUAGUUUUAUAGAAAUAAAAUGUACCACGCACAGACUGGCUAGUAGAUCCUCACUGAGAAUUCAUGUCACAGCCCCUUUUUCCUUUCCUUUUUGGCUUCUCUGUCCGGGACCCUGGUGCUGACAGGAGACCCCGGCCUUAUAUUUUUAGAUGUGUUGCUUUAUACUGUGAAUUCAGAUCAGCUUAAGUAGGAAACCAAAGUAGGAAACCAAACUGACCUGUCUGUUGUCAUCACUGGAGAAACCUCAGCUCUGUUUGUAUUUAUGGGGUGCACGUCUUUGUGGGCUCCGAAGGCUGGGGGUGCCACGUGGGGGUGCCGCCCCGCCCCCACCCCCGACCCCUUCACUGCGAAGCCUGCCCAGCCCGGGGCACACGGCCCAGAACCUUCUCCCCGAGCUCCGGGUAGCCGUGGGCAGACCUCAUCCCUCCGCAGGGAGGGCCUGGUCCCCGGGCCUGGAGGGGGGGAGCGCCUAGCGGCUUUCUGAAGCACCAGAGGACCGUUUCCAGAGGGGUCCCCGGAGAGAGGGCCAAGUGUUGGUCUUCUCUGAACCCCCAGCCCCCUGGUGGCAGAGCCCCUGUCCACCUGCUUGGGGGGGGGCACCCUCUCCUCCUCCCCGGCCACAGCUGCUCGUGUCAGGGCCUCAGGCCACGCUGGUGCUGUCUGGAGUGGUUGUGGGUGUAGACCUUUGUCCCGAGGGCGUGUCCUACUCUAGCGGGCACCCUGUGGUUGGGCGUCCUGCGUCAGCUUGGGCUGCGGGAAAAGGUCCUCUGUGCCCUUGGCUGUGCCCUCAGUGCUGCGGCUGAUGGAAGGCUACUGUCCCGUUCGUGCUUCGGGCCAGGUGUCCAGGCAGCGUGCGCUGUGCGAGCACGGGGCCUCUGAGCAACGCGAGCCUGUCUAGAGGCCUGUCCGCGUCUGGGGAGCCGAUCUGAGCCUGAUGGCUUCAGGCCGGCCUGGGUGGCCCCCCGGCCGGGUGUGAAGACUGCGGCUUCUAGAGCUCAGCCGGCGUGGUGCCCGCAGGGUCCCUGAGGGGCUGGCCGGGUGUGCCUUUCCCAGGAGGCGGGGGGCCUGGGUGGCCGGGGCCGGGGGCCGGUGUGCAGCCAGGGCUUGCCAGCCGCAGGCUUCCCAGGGGCCAGGCCCUCCGGGCAGGCGCGUCCUUGGUUUUUCUCCAUAAAAGACUUUUCCUUGGUCCUCUAGGUAGUUAGCAGGUGCAAGGCUUACGUCCCUGGUGGAAUGUGGUUUCUGUCGAGUUGACUGUUCCGGUGCAACUAUAACCAGCAGAGGGAGGCCCGACACGCCAGCGUCCUUGAUUGACUGACCGAUUAGCGGGGCGGCCCGAGCGGCCGACCCGAGGGGCUGAGCGCCGGCCAGGCCCCCAGGCCCCCGUGGGUGACCGCCAGCCCCAGGACGCCGCGGCCCUGAGCAGCGGCCAGGCACGGGGGUGCCCUCCCGCUGCUCCCCCUCCCCAUGCCAUGUCUUAAGCCCCUUCCCCACCUUUAAGUUGACAACAGUCUCUCUCAUGGCCUAGAAAAGGGAGCCGCGUCGUGGGGACUGUCCACGCGGGGCAUCCGCUCCGUUCGGAGCUGGCGGUGCGGGAAGUUUGUGCGACACGUGCGCGGGCUGUGGCCACCAGCCUCGCUCCUGCCUAACCGCGUAUCUAUUCCUGUCAAAAGCGUGCAUCACAAUG